CAAAUAAUUGGAGCCAAAAAGGUUAAUAAACGGCUACCAAAAAAAAGAUCAUGGCUACCGUUGCAUCCAAGAAUAUUAGCCAGCCAUCAGGAUUCACACUAUUUUCUCUUUCUGCCUGUCUGCCGUUUUAUAGUUUAUUCCAUUUUCUCGGUAUUUGCCUUAUAGAACUUAACGACCGUUGUAACUUAAUCCCAACACCUCUUCUUCCUGCAAACUACAAUAUUAUUACAAGUUUCCAGGCUCCAUUUGCUAUGUUGUAAAUCAACUUAAAGUUUCUUGGUUAAAAAUGGAUAGGAGAACGUAUGAAGAUAGAAGAAGAAAUGGGACAGUUAAAGCUGCUGUUAAUAUUUAUGGAGAGAGGAUUCUUGAUGGUAAUUUUUCACUGAAGAAACCCCAGGAGGAUUUUCCAGAGAAGCCUUCUUCAAGAGCAAGAGAGCUUCAUAUGGCAAGAAGGGAUAUGAGUCGAUACAAAGAGAGUAGAAGAGCUGCAGAAUCAGCAAAGUUUAAAGCAGAAUCUGAACUCUUUAGUGCAAGGGAGACAGUUAAGGAUCUUGCUUCAAUUAUUGAGGAAUCAAAUUUUAAGGCUAAGGCAAAGAUGAGAGAUAUUGAAUCUUUAAGGAAGAGUGGAAACCGUGAAGAGAAGGCAUUGGUUGUGAGGAGUAUUGAAAGUUAUCAGUACGCAGAAGUGAUGAAAGAAUUGGAAUUGGUAAAACAAGAAUUGAGUAAACUUAAGCUUGAUAUGGCUUCUGUUAGGGAAGAGAAAGGACGGGCAGAGAAGGAAUUUGGAGACUCAAGCUUGAAAAUGUGGUCUAAUGCUAGCUCUGUUGAAGCGCUUAGGACGCAAAUUGAGGCAGCUAAUGAGGAACAUGUGUUAGUUGAGUUGGCCAGGAUUGAGGCCCUGAAAGAAGUUGGAGAAAUUGAAGCUCAAAGAGAAAAAGAAGCUGGUGGAUUCUCAUUUAGUAUGGAGGAAACAAAGGAGAAGAUGAAGGAAAUAAUUGAAGAGAUUGAUCAAUCUAAGGAGUUGGAAAAAAAAUUGGCUGUCACUUUGUCUGACGUUAAUCUCUUAGAAAAUAAGCUGAAGCAAGUUAAGAAACUAGACAAGCGGGUUCAGAGAAGCGAUGACUUGAAGCAACCUGAACACAGUUUUCGAAGUGCUGCAGAAGUGGAAGGUUCACCUUCGUUACAGUCAAUCACAAAAGAGUUGGAGGUAGCUAAGAAAGAAUUGGCUUCAAUUAGAGAAGAAGGUUUUCAGUAUAUGUCCUCUAUGGAUAUCAUAAGAAAUGAGCUGAAACAUGUGAAAGAAGAAACAGCACGGUCAAAGAAAACAGGAGAGAAGGCAGAUUUGAAAGUUCAAAGUCUCAAUUCAAAGCUGCUCAGAGCAAAAUCCAAGUUAGAAGCAGUAACUGCAGCUGGAGAAAAGGCUGAAUCUAUUGUGACCAAUCUUUCCCUCACUCUUGAACAGUUAAAGACAGAAGCAGAGGCAGCAAGGAAAGAGAAGGCGCUUAUUACUGAAGACACUGCAACUAUCAAGGCACAAAUCCAGAAAACUGAGUCUGAAAUAGACUUCACUGAGGAAAGGCUGAAGGCAGCUGUGCAAGAACUUAAGGCAGUUAAGGCAUCAGAAGCUUCAUCUCUAGAAAAGUUAAGAUCUCUAAUAGAGACUACAAUGCAAUCUAGAGCUUCAGCAUCUAACCAGAGUUCCACAAUCACUAUCUCAAAGUUUGAGUAUGAGUAUUUAACUGGGCGUGCAGUUGGAGCAGAAGAAAUUGCAGAUAAAAAGGUUGCUGCAACUCAGGCAUGGAUUGAAGCUUUAAAGGCUAGUGAGAGGGAGAUAUUGAUGAAAACUGAAAUAGCUCACAGAGAUCUUAGAGAGAUGAGAGUAGAGGAGGAGCAUGAGGUGCACAGAACGGCGUGGUCACUUUCAGCAAAGAAGAUGAUAGAGACAGAAUUACGCAACCGGAGACAGACUCGUGAGAAGAAUGCAGCAGCACAAAACAAGCAAUCACCGUUUCGCAGAAGAUCCAUGAAAAGCAAUGGAAAUUUAACACCAUCAGGACAAGCAAGGUUUCGUAAGUCUGCCUCACCCGUAAUACGAGCUGGUGGAUCGACUCCAUUCAUCAUUAAGAAGAAAAGAAAAGUGAUGCCAAAUUUGGCCAAGUUCUUUCGUGUUUCAUUCCAGAAAGAAAAUGUAUACUUUAAACAUCAUUCCAGCCAUGAGAUGUCAACACAGCAAACUGCAAAAACACUUCAAAGGAAUGUUUGCAUGAUCACGGAUGCCAGUUUCAUAGAAAUUUACAUUCAACCAGGUGGUACCCCUUCGCAAAUGAAGGUAGCAUGUACAAUAAUGUCAAUGAAAGAAGCCUCUUUGAAGUUUUCUUCUCAAUACAUACAGACUCAGAUAUGAAGGCAAAGAUUAAACAUUUGAUAGGGGAAAGAAUUAAGAGAGGGAAUCAACAGGUUAGUCCAAAAAAAUGAUGUAAUUUGACUUAUUUGAUAAAAAAAUUGGUGUUUGUGGCUUUUUUGGGAUUUGUUUUAUCUAUCAUUGACGUUUUUAUUUUUGGGUUUUACUAUAUUUGGCUGCCUUGUUUCGAGAGAAGUUUGAUCAUGUGUUGGGUUUUAAUGGAAAGAUUGCUCACCUUUUUGUUGGAGAGGGGUGCCUUUUAUGUAUAGAUUGUGUAUAGUUGGUUAUUGCUGAUGAAGGUUGGGUAGAGAUUGAUGAAUUGUAAUGUUGACAUUUACAUGAAAAGUCAUACAUGGGAUUAGAGAGAUUCCUGAGCAUGAAGUCAAAAAUCACUGUCGUUUGUUUAUGUUUAAUUAGGCUUUGCUUUGUGAAUCACUAUUUUAUUUGUUGUAGUUGCUUAGGAUUAAUGAAGGUAUAUAUUCUCUCCUUUUCUUUUUCUGCACUUUUAACAAUUAAUUUUCACAUUUUAUUACAGUAGAAAAUGGCUGCUUCUAUUGCUUUCUGUUUUUUUUUUUAAU